AUCGGUUGGAAGCGAUCAAUUAGCAUAUCUUCACUAGGUGUGGCUAAAGAUUGGCAGCCUGCUGUCACUGUCGGUGAGCAGGACAGCGUUCACUGUCUAUCUCUGCAUCACGAACCACAAGCCAACAAUGCAAAGCGAUUUAUUCUGAACCGAAAUGAGCCAUUUGGCAAAGACUUGUCAACACCGCCUUCGACGGGCUAGAAUAUCCUGCACAAGAAGGCAGGCAUUGACUGACUUGAGAGGUCGCUCUUCGGCAGCAACACCACAAGAAAAUAGCGGUGCAUUAUAACGUGGCCAAAUCAACCACAUCAACAUCCCCUAGAAUCCAGGUGCUUAAAUUUCCUGUUCUUCACUAUGUCUUUUUACUUGGGUCUAGUGUCUCCAUAAAAUUGCAGCACCAAGGGAAGGCCAGCCAUGAAAGUGGUACAUACAAGAGAAGGCCUCCCAGCUGAGAUGUUCACCACAUACCACUUACUUGGGUCACUAGGAAAUCUAACAGAGUUAGCAUCUGGAGUUGUAACAAGCCACAGCCCCGUAGGGAAUUGGGCGCAUCCAUCACUUGCCAUGCUUGAUGGUUGCCCCAAGAGCUGUGGCAAUCUGAGCUUCGACUACCCCUUUGGCAUCGGUUCAAGGUGCUCUCGGGAUCCUGACUUCAACCUCAUUUGCAACGACACUGCUAAGCCCCCCAGGCUGUUCUUGUGCGACAGCAUCACCGAGGUGAUCGAGAACAUCGACGUUAGUAGCGACGGAGUUCUCUACGGACCUUACAACAUCCUUACUACCAUCCGACAUACUAUCCCCAUGAAAUCUGGUGUCCACAUCUACAACCUGUCAAUAAAAAUGCCUGGGAGGUCCUUCAAGUACCUUGGGGAAACAAUUCUGAACAUCAGUGGUUGCGAUCUGGAUGUGUAUUGGAUCGACAACAUCACCGGCAGAACCACAUGGGUCUGCGGAACUGUGUGCCCGAAACAAGGAAUCACAGAGCUGAUGGCUCGGCACAAUUGUAACGGCGUCGGAUGUUGUAGUUUUCCUGUCGGUGACCUUGACGCUGAUGGUAUUGAGCUCAAAUUUGUCAGAAAAAUCAACACCAGGAUGACCUCUCUAUUGUGGGAUAGAAUCAGCAUAUCUGAUGGAAGCGGUUCCAUGAUUGUGUGGAGAAUGGUGGAUCAACCCAACUGUGUUGUCGCCGUGCGAAACAGGGCAUCAUAUGCCUGUAUGGACAAGCAAUCCAACUGCUGGGACACAGAUAUGGGAUCAAGUGGCUACAACUGCUUCUGUAACUCUGGCUAUUCAGGCAAUCCCUUCGUUCAAGAUGGGUGCUCCAGUGACAAAGGGUAUAAUCCAAUUCAGACCAGAGCUAAUUGUACCCGUUUGUGUGGUAACAUUAGUGUGCAGUUUCCAUUUGGCUUGGAAGAGGGUUGCUUUGCAAGGGAACCAUUCCACCUCAAUUGCACAAACAUGUCAUCAUCGCCUGUCCUCCAGUUGCACGGUUUUCAUGUAAUCGACAUGAAUGUUGAUGAUGGGACUCUAAAGUUCACCACUAAUGGAGCAAUUUACGCCAUAGGAGAAGGCCCUCCUUUUUUUGCUGGUUUUGAGGAAUCUCUGCACUGGGCUGCUGCUAAUUUAAGUUGUGUAGAGGCCGAAAAGAAUAGAUCUGGGUAUGCUUGUGUGAGUAUCAACAGCAAGUGUGUAGGAGUAAACACUAUAUACAAUUAUGUUGGUUACCGCUGCAAAUGUUCAGAUGGCUUCGAAGGAAACCCAUACAUUGAAAGCGGCUGCCUAGAUGUUGAUGAAUGCCUUCAACCAAAUAUUUGCAAGGGGCUCUGCCAUAAUACAGAAGGAAGCUUCCAUUGUACGGAAUGUCCUCACAAAACUGAGUAUGAUUCAGCAAAAAUGCAGUGUACGACGAGGAAACAACUGACUCUGCUUUUAGGUAUAAUUAUUGGGUUGUCUUGUGGAUUCGGUGUUCUACUUCUGAGCUUCAGUGCAUCACUUCUCAUUCGUAGAUGGAAAAGAAAUGUUCAAAAGCAACUACGAAAAAAAUAUUUCCAGAAGAACCAUGGUCUUCUCCUAGAAACGUUGAUAUCAUCUGAUGAAACUGCAAAUGAGAAUACUAAGAUUUUCUCGCUAGAAGAGCUGGAGAAGGCAACAAACAACUUUGAUCCUACACGUAUCAUUGGACGUGGGGGCCACGGCAUGGUUUACAAAGGCAUAUUGUCUGAUCAGCGUAUUGUUGCAGUAAAAAAGUCUAAGGUCAUUGAGCAGUCUGAGAUCAGUCAAUUCAUCAAUGAGGUUGCAGUGCUCACUCAGAUAAACCACAGAAAUAUUGUGAAGCUCUUUGGAUGUUGUCUCGAAAGUGAGGUUCCACUUCUGGUGUAUGAUUAUGUAUCCAGUGGCUCACUGUCUGAAGUUCUUCAUGCAGAUGAAAGUGUUGGUUUUUCUUUGUCUUGGGGUGAUUACUUAAGGAUUGCCCUGGAAACAGCAGGAGCUCUGUCUUAUCUCCACUCUUCAGCUUCAAUAUCAAUCUUCCACCGUGACGUGAAAUCCUCAAAUAUACUAUUGGAUGUGAACUACACAGCUAAAGUUUCAGACUUUGGUGCUUCUAGAUUGGUUCCAAUUGAUCAAACACAUAUUGUCACAAAUGUGCAAGGUACAUUUGGGUACUUAGAUCCAGAGUAUUUCCAUACCAGGCAGCUGAACGGGAAGAGCGACGUGUACAGUUUUGGUGUGGUACUACUGGAGCUGCUCCUUAGAAUGAAGCCUGUCUUUACAAGUGAAUCAGGCACAAUCAUGGGCUUGUCAAGCUAUUUUCUCGAGGAAUUCAAUGAGGGAAGAAUAAAAGGUAUUGUUAAUUCCCAGGUCCUCGAGGAAGCAACCGAGGAAGAGAUCAACGGUGUCGCCUCUCUUGCAGAGCGGUGCUUAAGACUGAGUGGUGAAGAAAGACCCACCAUGAAACAGGUGGAGACGGAACUGCAAACUCUAUGGGCAAAACAGAUGGACUCAUCUCAGGUAGAUACCAGGAAUGAAGAAUAGAGGCAACCAAGUUCGUUAACUCAAAGAUCUAGAGCUGCUCGCCAAUCGUCUGCGACGGUAUUGGGCAAGAGAGUCUACGUACGGCCAGAAGACAGCCAACAACGCUAUAGCUUGGAGAGAGAGUUCAUGUCAUCUGCUAGUCUGCCCCGCUAGAUAUGUUUGCUGAGCUCAUAAUAAUGGGUGUUGUUAUUUCCCCUUUUGUAAACUAAUGAUGACUAGGCUUGUACUAUAGGCAAACGGUGCUGCAGAAAUUGCUACAGUAAGCCGGUUUAUGUUUAGACAAUUACAUGCAUCAUGAUUGUACGAGUUUUCUGAUUGGAAUUAUACUUGUUUAUGAAAAUUAUUAUAUU